AUGACUACCAGUGAAGAGUGGCAGUGUCGGAAGUUUGAGAAUGGAUUGAGGAGCGAUCUCAAAGUACUGAUUUCAAGCCUUUGUAUUAAGUCUUUUCCAACAAUGGUGGAGAGAGCCAAAGUAUUGGAGAAGAACAUUGAAGAAGUGGAACAGCAGAAGAAGCAACAACAGACGGCUAAGGGACCGAUCUCGUCCAAAAGCAAUAUGAAUUUAAGCAUAAAUCCUUACGCUCGUCCUAUGCCACCAUCUACUUCUAGUGGGUCUCAAUCACAACCUUUGGUUGCUGCCAGUCGGUCUGGACAACAAGGGACAGUGACGUGUUUUCAAUGUGGAGGACCACACUACCGAUCAUCAUGUCCUAAAUUGUUGGGAGGAAGGUUUUACACUCGUUGUAGGAGGAACAGACAUCUAGAGCGCGAGUGUAAUAUGGGAGAACGAGCGGUGAUGAGGCCACCAAAUGCUGGAAGAAAUAAACCAAGGGGUGGUGGCCGAGCACAGGCGGUCGGUCAAGUUUAUGCCAUAACGGGCGCUGAAGCAGCAAGCUCAGGUACACUCAUCACCAACACUUGCUUACUGUAUGAACUGCCUUGCUGUGCGUCGUUUUAA